CCUUCACUAGCAAUUAAUUCCUCAAACACACUUCCCAGAUCAAGAAGUGAGCAUCAAAGACACAACAUGGAGACAGUUCAAUCAUGGGUUUCAAAGCACAAGCUCGCCAGCAUUGGGGCACUCUGGGCCUCUGGAAUUGGAGCAACACUUGUGGCUUAUUCAUGCAAAAAGUCUCCAAUGAAGCCAAGUCUCAGGCUUAUCCAUGCUAGGAUGCAUGCUCAGGCUCUAACUUUAGCAGUGCUAUCAGGUGCAGCUGUUUAUCAUUUUUAUGAGAAACGUGAUGUUCAGCCAAAACCAGUGGCAGAUUAUACUAUUCCUGCUCCCAAUGUCACUCAGAUGGUUGAAUAUGAACUUCAAUGUCCUUUCUAAAUUAAAAAUUAAACUAUAGGGGUCAUGUUAUUAAGAUGAGGAGAUAUUCCCAUCUAGGAUCCUGUCACCGAGUUAGCUUUUGCCUAGAAAGAAUAUUGUUUGUGUAUUUUAUGAAUGAUUGGACUCCAGAACAAGUGGGAAUAGCUAUUGCUAUGCAAUGUUGCAAUGCAUCUCUAUCUAUGUUCUGAGGGUGCACUAUCUUAAUUUUCUAAUGUAUACAUACAAGUUUUAUGACAA